UACUCCCAACUUCCCAACCCCUCGUUUUGGGCGUUAAAACCCAGAAGAGCCAAAACCUCCCAACGGCUUGCAACAUCAGCAUAGCAUCCGUCGAAUCGAUGGAAGCAAGGCAAGCUGCAGCAGAAGAAGAAUCCUCUCACUCUCAUCUCCGAAUCUCUAUAAAAACCCGAUUCUAUCGUCAUUUCCAAGCUUCCUCCUGAUAAAAACGGAUGACGACGACGUCCUCGCACCUCGAAACCCUAGGAAAACCCUUCCUGUCACUCAGAACCCUAGAAAACCCUAGCUCCUCGAUUCCCUCCCUCUUCUCCCCGUUUUAUCUGACUGAUCGAUUACAAUGCUAGGGUUCGAGAUCUGGAUUAAAGAUUCCCUCGCCUCGGAUCUAAUUCUUCCCUCGGAUCAAUCGCAAUGCAGCGGGGGAUUGUUUCUAGAAUCUUCCGUCCCUGCUUCCUUCGUCGCGUCGAUCACGACGGGGAAUUCCGCGGUUUCUGCUUCGAGGUCUUCUUCCUGUUCUUCUUGUUUUUCGAUUCGGCUUCGGAAGCCGGCCGUUUCAGGUAUUACGCGGCGGGGGAGGAGAUUCGGAGAUGUUUUUCUGUCGGUGAGCUUGUCAAUUAAAGGGAACGAGGGGUUUCUAGGGCAGAAUGGGGAGAAGGGCUCGGAGGAGGUGGCGGCAGUUUUUGAUGGUAGUAAGGAAGUGGAGGAGGAGAAAGGGAGGUUUCAAGGAGCAGGCGCGAGUGCAAUGAACACAACUAAGCAUCUGUGGUCUGGUGCUAUUGCUGCGAUGGUCUCGAGAACUUUUGUUGCUCCACUUGAGCGACUAAAGCUGGAGUAUAUAGUUCGGGGUGAAAAGAAGAAUCUAUUUGAGCUCAUCCAGACAAUUGCUGCUUCUCAAGGCUUGAAAGGCUUUUGGAAGGGAAAUUUUGUCAACAUUCUCCGUACUGCUCCAUUUAAGGCAGUAAAUUUUUAUGCAUACGAUACAUACAGAAAACAACUGCUCAAAAUAUCUGGAAAUGAAGAAACAACCAAUUUUGAGAGGUUCCUUGCUGGUGCCGCGGCCGGAAUUACUGCUACAAUGCUCUGCUUACCUAUGGAUACUAUCCGAACCCAGUUAGUAGCUCCUGGAGGAGAGGCCUUGGGUGGUGUGAUUGGUGCUUUCCGCCACAUGAUUCAAACCGAGGGGUUCUUUUCUCUUUACAAGGGCUUAGUGCCCUCUAUUAUAAGCAUGGCACCUUCAGGUGCAGUUUUCUACGGGGUCUAUGAUAUAUUGAAGUCAGCGUAUCUGCAUUCGCCAGAAGGUAAGAAGAGAAUUUUGGACCAACAAGGUCAAGAACUGAAUGCUUUGGACCAGCUGGAGUUGGGCCCACUCAGGACCUUAUUGUACGGUGCGGUUGCUGGUGCUUGUGCUGAGGCCGCAACUUAUCCAUUUGAAGUAGUGAGGAGACAGCUCCAGAUGCAAGUUCAAGCAACUAGGAUGAAUGCAUUUGCAACUUGUGCCAAGAUACUUGAGCGAGGUGGUGUUCCCGCACUUUAUGCUGGCUUGAUUCCCAGCUUACUGCAGGUACUUCCAUCGGCUGCUAUCAGUUACUUUGUCUACGAGUUCAUGAAGAUAGUUCUCAAGGUAGAAUGAGAAUCAUCCAUUGAAUAUUGGAAUGGUUUUCCUCCAAGGUAAUUUUUUUUGGGAGGAGCCUCACUGUAACUUGAGCCUGAGCUCUUGCAUCUUUCUUAUGCAAAAGCAGGAAAUAAUAAAAAAGCAACAUCCAAAGCGUAUCAUUAGCAAACAUGUGAUUCUUUCUUCUUA